AUGACAUCCAUAAAAUCUAUUGAAAACAUUGUAAAUGUUUACGAGUCAGAGAUUGAUCAACUCAAACUACCGGACUUGUUCACAUUACACAAGUAUUCCCCACUAAAAAGCACGUCACAACAACGUAUAUCCCCAUCACCGUAUAUUGCCCAGUAUAAAUUGCAAUUGCUACAAACGUCAUUACUACAGCAAUCGUCCUCAAUAGAUCAGUUCAAGAGUAACAAGCUGUAUCAAAAGCUCAAACUGAGGAUAGACACAUUACUAGUUGAUGUAAUUGAUGAAAAGUUGUACGUUGUUGAUCAAUUGAUUGAAUGGUAUAAUAUCGAAAACACACCACGUGCAAAUUCAACAAGCAAAGAGACAAGAGAAGAAUCACCCAGCAACCUCACUUCGUCUACUGGCAAUGGUCACGGUAAUGUCAAUGACGAGAAUUUGACUGAACUUCGUAAUCGACUUUUGUCCAACUCCAAAUCGAAAUUCAAUCUUGAAUCAGCAUCACCCAAUGACGUUGAUAAACUCAAUACCUACCACGAAUCAAUCCAAGAUGAUAUCCUUAAUGAGUUGUCUCAACUCACAUCAACAUUGAAAACGAGUGCCAUGUCGUUGAGCUCCAAGAUUUUGGGUGAUGAUUUAUCAAUCCUUAAUGAAACCAAUGAAAAUAUAAUUCGAAAUUCAAACUUGUUCAAAGUUAUUGAUCGCAAUUUGAAUAGUUAUUUGGAAAACAAGACUGGUGGCAGAAUCAGUUUGUGGUUUUUGUUGAAAUGCGUUGUUGGUGUAAUUGGAGUGUUUUUGUUGAUGAUGAUCUUUGUUGUAGUUGUUCCGAGAAUAAGAUAA